UGAGCGAGAGAGAGAGAGUGUGUGUGUGUGUGUGUGUAGGCAAGUGGGUGUCGCUGUGCGCUCACUCGAGCGCUACACAAUGAUCACACACAAGACAAGGAAACCGUAGGACACAGCAGCGGUUCAGCGGAAGCGCAAUCUCUGAAAGUCCCGUUUGCGCUCGCUUCGUUUCAGAGGCUCGGUGUUUCCGGGUGUUUCAGAGGCUCGUGCCACACAAGCUCUUGGUGGAUAAUAAUGUGUCAGUGUUUAAUCUGCGUGCGCGCGCCGCGGUCUGUUGAGCCGCUCCGGUCCCGUUGAUCUAUGGAGGGCGCGAGAACGGAGCCAAAUCCGCUACCCGAGACCCCGCUGUGUGAGACAUGGUGACAGAUGAACAUCGCGGGAAGGACCAUGGCUGAACGGGCCAGCAAAUUCGUGCUGAUCGUCGUUGGCUCCGUGUUCUUCAUGCUCAUUCUGUACCAGUACGUAGCACCCGGUGCGAUCAACUUCGGCACGCCGGCGCAUGGCUACCUCCCCGAGGAGGACAUGACCAUCUUCCCCACGCCGGAUCCGCACUAUGUGAAAAAGUACUACUUUCCGGUGAAGGACUUGGAGCGCGUUGUGGACUUCGAGAUCAAGGGCGAGGACGUGAUCGUGUUCCUGCACAUCCAGAAAACAGGCGGCACUACAUUCGGGCGGCACCUGGUGCAAAACGUGCGACUGGAGGUGCCAUGUGACUGCAGGCCGGGACAGAAAAAGUGCACUUGCUACCGACCGAACCGCAAGGAGACGUGGCUCUUCUCGCGCUUUUCUACCGGCUGGAGCUGCGGCUUGCACGCGGACUGGACCGAACUCACCAACUGCGUGCCUGGAGUCCUCAACAGGAAGGAAAGCAAGACAAAGAAACUGAGGAAGUUCUAUUACAUCACACUUCUUCGGGACCCAGUGUCAAGAUACCUAAGUGAGUGGCGGCACGUGCAACGAGGCGCCACAUGGAAGACGUCAUUGCACAUGUGUGACGGCCGCACACCGACACCCGAGGAGCUUCCCACCUGUUACGAUGGUGUGGAUUGGUCGGGCUGCACCCUUCAGCAGUUCAUGGAGUGCCCAUACAACCUGGCCAACAACCGGCAGGUGCGCAUGUUAGCUGAUUUAAGUCUGGUUGGUUGCUACAAUGCAUCCACUCUGCCAGAUAAGCAGCGUGCUCGUCUCCUACUCGAGUCAGCUAAGAAGAACCUGCGUGACAUGGCUUUCUAUGGGCUCACGGAGUUUCAGCGCAAAACACAGUACCUGUUCGAGCGCACCUUCCGUCUCCGCUUUAUCCGGCCAUUCGUGCAGUACAACAGUACGCGUGCUGCCGGCGUCGACCUGGACGAGAACACCGUGCAACGCAUUGAGGAGCUAAAUGACCUUGACAUGCAACUCUAUGACUACGCAAAGGACCUGUUCCUACAGAGGUACCAGUACACACACAUGCUGGAGAGGCGUGAGCAAAGAAUGAUGCUCCGAAAUAGAGGCUCUUACCACAGCCUGGCACGGGAGGAGGGCGCAGGGGGAGAGGGAACGGCUCGACUGCCAACUGAGGACUACAUGAACCAGAUUGUUAGUGGAUGGUAGCCCAGGCGAUCUCUCUUUAUAAAGAAAGAGAGACACAAAGACAAAUAAUGGGUGGAGAAUCCAUUUUUUCCUCCAGCCUAUGGAGAGAUAAAGUGGUUAUCAAGGACUUUGUUCCCCAGGGAUCUUUAAAGAAUAAGAUGCAAAGGAAAACAGGCAAUGGUGGUGAUUGGUAGAAGUGCCCUUUUCCAAGAGAAGGGAUCAUUAUGGGUAUUCUCUCUCUCUCUUUUCCCCAGGAAUCUUUAAAGAGAGAGGUGCAUAAUGAAAGAAAUGAGAAAUAGUGAGUGAAGGAGCCAUUUCUAUUUCAGCUCAUAUAGAAAGAUUGGGAUCAUUAUAUAGACCCUUUCUUUCAUUUCUCCCACAAAUCUUUGAAAAGACAGAAACAUGCGGAGGCAGAGAAAUGGUAAAGAUCAUGGGUAGAGGGUUAUUUCUUCCUCAGCUCAGAGACAGAGAGGAAUCAUGGCAAGCUCUCCGUCUGUCCCCAGCUAAUAAGGUGUAAUUCGGGCCAGACCUACAAGAGAUGGUAGUUAUCGAGAGUGCACCUUUCUGGGUGGGUGAACAAAUAUCCCACCCUCAGACCUAAGUGACAACAUUGUAAAUGCUUAAAACAACUCCCCCAGUAAGGUGUUGUUUCACUGAGCUGCAACAGCAGUCUACAAAGCUUAGUUUUGUAUAAGAAUGAAAAAAAAAUGUGAUUAAAAUCACUGGUCUUAGGAAAGUCAUGCAAAAUUCUGGGGAUAUUCAGAAUGUUUUAUAUUCUGUGUGUGAAUCUUAAGUUUCUCUUCUCUUUUUUUUUUUUCUUCUUUCGGUAAACUGAUGUGAAGAGCAGAGACUGGAACUUUCCAACAUGAGAUUAUUACUAACAGACGCAGCGACGGAGUUUGAUUUAAGAGAGAUAUAUGUAAUAUAUAUGACAGACAUGGCCUUGGAUUUCCAGCAUAUGUUUCUAUCAUUGUAUGUGCUAACUGUGUGAGUGCUCAGCCUCUCUGGGUACGACAUUUUACUCAUCGGUUAAAUGGAGAUGUUUUUGCCCAGACAUGUUGACAGCAUAAAGAAAUAAGGUUUCAUCUACAGUCUCAACUGCUUGUAAGAAUAAUACCAGAAAUUAGGACACAAGAUAACAAACACUAUCCUUUUUUUAAUGGGAAAAGCAUGAAGUUCUACUUUAAUAAACCUGCACAUUUGUGUGUUUGUGUGUGCGUGUGUGUGCGUGCGUGUGUGUGUGUGUGCGUGUGACUGACAUAUAAUUGUGUGCGUGUGAGCUUUGUUUCUUUCUGUUCUAAACGGAAGUGCAUUCAACACGAACGAGCCAGUCUCUCAGUCGCUGCACUUUAGCUUUAUCAUAGAGACACCACACUAAAGUCCCUCUCACAUUCCACGCAUUCAAACUGUAUAACACUGACGCAAUUACCGAGGUGGUUCGAUUCCUGUGCAGAAAUGUGACAAAGCCAGAGACGCCACUUCAUAAUCGACUCUGUCAAUCCUUCAUGAAAGCAUACUUACCCUAAUAAGAGAGUGUGGAAAUAUGUAGCGUGUGUAUGAGUGUACAGUUCUUUAUUUGUGUGAGAGAACCUUUUAAUAUGAGACAUUUUAAAUACGUCUCCCCUUUGUUUUCCAUUCAUCUUCUAUAUUGCUGUACUGUAUUAGUACUUCUGUUAUGCUAAAUUGACCCUAAAGUUACCAAUAAAAAAAGAAUCUUUUUUUUUUCCUUUUUUAAUAAAAAAAAAGCCUCCAUUAUUUUUGAUUUGAUCUUUGUAUGUAAUGAUUUACUUGUCAGUGAAAUACAUGAUAUCAUUUUUGUAUUUUAUGUUGUCUUCUUACAGAAAAUAUUGUUCGUGGCUGACCUGUUGUAAGGGAAUUUUAAAAUCAUUGAACAUAAAUGCAUCAUUUUUUUUAAUUGACUUGCAUUAUAUUAAACUAAACAACAAAUCUAAGAACACGAAUGACAUCCUCGGAGUGAACGGGAUCUAUCCAGGACAGGAAAAACAACAGAAUUAUUAUUGAUGUUAUUCAAUAUUCUAAUUGUAAUCAUUAUUUAUUUUUCAAUUAUCCUUCCAUCUGACGCCUUUAGACGGUUUAAUUGCCGCUCGUUUUGUACUCUUCGUGCUGGAUCGGAGCGAUUGUGGAAACUCCUCCAAAGCUCUCACUGUUCAUUAAGCCGCAGAUGUGUUUACUUUCUAACUAAAGACUUGGGAGCACUGGGAGCUAUCUAAGUCUUCCUGUGUUGGAAAAAGAAGAAGGGAAAAAAAAAGCCAUGGAAGAUGAAAGUGAGAGGGUAGAUGAUGGUAGAGUUGUCAGGAUGAUGAGAGGAAAACGACACAGGCACGCAGAUGGCAAUGACUGCAGUGAAGCCUCGGGUGAGCACUCCAACAGCCUGGAGUCUCAUUAUACACACACACACACACACACACACACACACACACACACACACAAACAAACAAUGGUACAGAGAUAUCGUGGCAAAUAAAGAAAAGGUUGUAGAA